AACCUUGUGAACCGCCGAAGCCAAACCCCUCUCUCCCUCCUUUUACUAUAAAACCCCCCUUCAUUUCCCUCACUCUCACAUAAAGCAGCUAUACUCAGGAACCAAAAUCCAAAAUGGAUUUUAGGCUCCAAGUUCUGCUCCUCACAUUUCUUCAAGCUCUAUUCUUGUUUUCUCAGGAAGCAGCAUCAGCUGGCCACCAUGGAAGUACUGUAGGACACCAUGGAAGCCCUUUGAAACGAGUUAGAAAGCAAGUUACCAGCUGCAAUUUGUUCCAAGGCAAUUGGGCGUUCGACCCUUCCUGGAAUCCCAUAUACGACUCCUCAACCUGUCCUUUCAUUGAUGCCGAGUUCGACUGCAUAAAGUAUGGAAGGCCGGACAAGCAGUUCCUCAAGUAUGCAUGGAAACCCGACUCAUGUAACUUGCCAAGGUUUGAUGGGGGUGAUUUUCUGAAGAGAUGGAUGGGGAAGAAGAUAAUGUUCGUGGGGGACUCACUGAGUCUGAACAUGUGGGAAUCGUUGUCGUGUAUGAUACAUGCGUCGGUGCCAAGUGCCAAGUACACUUUUGUGAGGAGAGACCCGAUAUCAUCUGUGAAUUUUCAGGACUAUGGAGUGACAUUGUCUCUGUUCCGCACGCCGUAUCUUGUAGAUAUAGUCAGAGGAGACGCCGGCCGCGUGUUGAAGCUCGACUCCAUUGAGGCCGGGAAGUACUGGAAAGACAUGGACAUGUUGAUUUUCAACUCAUGGCAUUGGUGGACUCAUACCGGAAACGAUCAGCCAUUUGAUUAUUUUCAGGACGGGACAAACUUGUACAAAGAGAUGGAUCGUUUGACAGCAUAUUACAAGGGGCUUUCUACUUGGGCAAAAUGGGUUGACACGAAUGUUGAUGCUUCUAAGACCAAAGUUUUCUUUCAAGGGAUUUCUCCUACUCAUUACCAGGGCCGGGAAUGGAAUUCCCCGAAGAAGAAUUGCCAGGGAGAACUUGAGCCACUAAUCGGAUCAGCAUACCCAGCAGGGGAACCUCCAGAAGCUGGUGUUUUAAGUAAGGUGUUGAGUACAAUUAGGACUCCAGUUUAUUUGCUCGAUAUUACGACACUUUCACAGUUAAGGAAGGAUGCUCAUCCGUCAACAUAUAACAGCGACCAUUCAGGCAACGAUUGCAGCCACUGGUGUCUGCCUGGGUUGCCUGAUACAUGGAACCAACUCUUAUAUGCAGCACUCAUCAUGUGAAACACUGAGCAACUAUAGUAACCAGUCCUAGUAUACCUUUGUUUAUAUACAUUGCUUGUGUAUUGAAGGGGGUUCAGAUUUCAGAUUCACUUAGAUUGGUAUACAAUAAGAUGGCAAACUCAAUUGUAAGGAAAUGUUAUUUAACUAGAAGAAGGAUGUAUUGGAGUUAAGACAAAGAAGGAGACUGUUUGGGGGA